CUUGUCAAUUGUCACUUUGACACUUCCUUUACCGUUCACGUUUACAUGUGAAGGUAUUUUGUUGGUUUAAAAUAUAAAAUAUUUUAGGGUAAUUAUUAAUAGUGGUUAGUAACAAUGAGUAGAUUUUUCGCCGGAUCUGACUCAGACUCGGAUAGUUCAUCUGAGGAAGAGAUUAUUCAACGCCCAGCCGUUCCUGCGUUCACUUUCAGUGAUGACGAAGAAGAAGUUAAAAGGGUCGUUAGAUCCGCUAAAGAAAAACGCUAUGAAGAACUUACAAACAUUAUUAAACAAAUACGUAAUUAUAAAAAAAUUAAGGAUAUGUCUAGUAUGCUAAAUAGUUUUGAGGAGUUGCAAAAGGCUUACCAAAAAGCUGCUCCUGUUAUUAUUAAAGAGGAAAAUGGCCAGACUCCCAGAUUUUUUAUUAGAUGUCUCUCCGAAAUGGAAGAUUUCAUCAAUGAGAUGUGGGAAGAUAGAGAGGGACGAAAGAAUAUGAGUAAAAACAAUAGCAAGUCUCUUACAUCAAUGAGACAGAAAUUGAGGAAAUAUCUAAAAGAUUUUGAAGAUGACUUAUCAAAAUUCAGAGAAAAUCCUGAACAGCCUGAUGAUGAAGAGGAGGAAGAAAAACCUGAUGUGGAAUUGGAUUCCGAAAACGAGGCACCUCCAAAGAAUCAAUUCCUAAAAACGCCCGCGAAACAAGCCGUCAUCGAUGAUAAAGAUGAAUCGUCAGAUGACGACGAUGAUUGGCCGUCUGACUCUGAUACGAGUUCCACAUCUACUGACGACGAUGAAGGGAAAUACAGCGGCAAAUACAAUAGAAAGCGUUUCUUGAAGACGGCCGGUCCAGAUCACGAGGUAGAAGACGAGGAUAAAGCGAUCCGAAAGGAAGAAAAGAGGAAAGAAAGAAAAGAGAAGGAGAGGAGGAAAAUUAAGAAGGAAGAUGAGGAGGAUGGGGAAGGAGAAUGGGAGACUGUCAGAGGAGGUGUUGCUAUUCCUAGUGAAAAGCCCAAGAUGUUCGCCAAGGAUGCAGAGAUCGACCUCAGCCUCGUCAUUAAAAAACUUAGCGAAAUAAUGGCGGCCAGAGGCAAAAAACGCACCGACCGACGCGAGCAAAUCGAACUCUUACACGAACUCCAAAAUGUAUCUGAGCAACAUCAGCUCGGCUCCGCCAUUUACAUCAAAAUCAAGCUGGCCAUAAUUUCAGGCAUAUUCGAUUACAAUCCCAAAGUUUCCGAUGCCAUGAAACCUGAAUACUGGGUGAAACUGUUGGAAAGAAUGAGUGAAAUGUUGAGUAUGCUUCUCAACACUAGCAAUUUGGUGGUUUCUGAGACCAUCACUGAGGAAAUGGAGAAUUUGGAGGAGCCCCCUUUCCGAAUUAGGGGAUGCAUUCUAACGUCAGUCGAACGUUUAGAUGAUGAGUUUACCAAAUUGUUGAAAGAAUGUGACCCACACAGCAAUGAAUACGUCGAAAGAUUGAAGGAUGAGUGCAAAGUUUCCAAUAUUAUUGAUAAAACCAUGAAGUACUUGGAAAGGACCAACGUACCAUCUGAAUUAUGUAGAAUUUACUUGAGAAAAAUCGAACAUUUAUACUACAAAUUCGAUCCUAGGGUACUCCAAAAAAAAUCCGGCGACUCUACCGCUCCGAAAGAUGAAAUGACGUCCGUUCAAGAAAUGGAAAAACUUUGCAAGUUCAUCUACGCUAAAGACAGCACAGAUAGAUUGAGAACCAGAGCGAUUUUGUCGCACAUAUACCAUCACGCCUUGCACGACAAUUGGUUUCAAGCUAGGGAUCUUGUGCUGAUGUCCCAUCUGCAGGAAACUAUACAACAUUCUGAUCCUAGUACUCAGAUUUUGUAUAAUAGAAUGAUGGCGCAUUUGGGAUUGUGCGCAUUUAGGCAUGCCAACAUUAAAGACGCUCAUAAUUGUCUGGUUGAUUUGAUGAUGACCGGAAAGCCUAAAGAGUUGCUGGCCCAAGGUCUACUUCCACAAAGACAACACGAACGAAGCAAGGAACAAGAGAAGAUCGAAAAACAACGUCAAAUGCCCUUCCACAUGCACAUCAACCUGGAACUCCUGGAAUGCGUGUAUUUGGUAUCGGCGAUGCUGAUAGAAAUCCCUUAUAUGGCAGCGCACGAAUUCGACGCCAGGCGUAGAAUGAUUUCAAAGACUUUCUACCAACAACUCCGCAGCUCUGAGCGCCAAAGCUUAGUGGGGCCGCCGGAAAGUAUGAGAGAGCACGUAGUGGCCGCGGCUAAAGCCAUGCGUAACGGCAACUGGGCGGCCUGCAACAAUUUCAUCAUUAACGAGAAAAUGAACGCCAAAGUAUGGGAUUUAUUCUAUCAGGCUGAUCAAGUGAGAGGUAUGCUGACUAAAUUGAUCAAGGAGGAGUCAUUGAGGACCUAUUUGUUUACUUAUUCUCAUGUUUAUGAUUCGAUUUCGAUGCAAAUUUUGGCUGAAAUGUUCGAUUUGGGAAAACCCGUUGUACAUUCUAUUAUUUCCAAGAUGAUUAUCAAUGAAGAACUUAUGGCCUCUCUUGACGAUCCCACUCAAACCGUCGUGAUGCACAGGAGUGAACCUUCUCGUUUGCAGUCAUUAGCAUUGCAGCUGGCUGAUAAAAUCAACAAUUUCGUUGAUUCUAAUGAAAGAAUACUGGAAACGAAGCAAGGCAAUUUCUUCUUGAGGGGUGCCAACCAGGUAAAUAAGGGAAAUUUCAGAGGAGACAGGCAGAAUUACAGAGGAAGCAACAAUCAAAAUUGGGACAGGCAAAGACGUGACAGGGAUAGAAAUAGGGAAAAGGACAACUAUUAAUAUAAUCAUUUUUUUUUACUUGUAUGAAAAGUAUUUCAGUU